AUGUCUUCAUUCGGUUUGAUUCUGUUCUGUUCCCUGCUAUUUCUUCAAGAUCCUCCUGUCAAAUCAAAGGUAAGUUAAGACUGCGAAAUAUUUUUACUUUUAUACAAGAGAUAGUCUACCUAAAAAUAUUGAAAAAAGCGCAACUGAAGCACUGUCGUGUUAUUAAACAAAUUACCAAGACGUUUGAAAUAAGAGUAGAAAUGCCUGAGCGGGCAAUUUGAACGAAGUGUUCGGUUAACAAAACCAAACGAAAACUUUAAGUAGAAGCUGAUAAAGCAAAAUGAAACAAAAAUGUAGAAUUUUGAUUUAGUAAAGAUGUGAACAACAUAUACCAGCAACUUUUGAAAUUCUACCGCAUUCUAAAACUCUCAGAGGGUCUAAAUCUUGUUUAGUAACUCAAUCAAAUUUAAAUUAAGGAUCGAUUUGUUCUGGGUAGAAACGGUUCAAAUUUAUCACGCUUUUGUAAAGGUGAAAACGUUUUGCGUUCAGAAUACCUUUCGCAAACCGAAAAAUGUACCAGCCUUAAGCGUCAUUCCACUCGCGCGCGCAAUCACUGAUAAAUCUGGAUAAAUCUCUGCCGUGGCGUGUUUACAGUUGAAAAAUGUAUUUUUUAACAAAUCUUUGAUUCAAUGAAUUACUUCGUGUUUUUUCUCGCAUACUUUCACAAUACAUAAAAUAAUCCACUGGGAUUAAAGUAAAAAAGGACUUUAAAUUUAAUUUGUCUUUAUUACAUUACAUUCAUUCAACCAGAAAAAAAAGGUCAGAAGAUUUAUAAAAUUGCUGGAGUAUUUGCAUUAAUAACUUCAUAAUGGUGCUAGUGUUAGAGUUGUAUGUCCGAGGAACCCGGAUUGUCUUUUCAAGAGUUUUGAAAACAGCAAAAGCUUACUUGAUAAAACUUGGUCUUACCUAUAAUACCUAGAUAACUAAGUUUUAUCUAAACUUGUACCCACUCGAAGAAAAAUGUGGAAAAAGUCAGAUGUAGUUACAUGAUGCGAUAAAAGGAACCGAUAUGUUGUAAUAUCAACGUUGUUUUUAUAAGGGAAGGGAGAUAGAAGUGGGACCUGUCAACCCAUUAUGUCUACGUGAUCAAAUAUUUUCGAAAACGGUUCGUUGUUUUGGUUAAAAUUACACUUUGCCGAUAAGCAUCAAAGAGGGUCGCAAAGGAAGCGGUCACGUCACGUUUACGGUUGACGGUUAAAAAUAAACCGUUUUGACGGUUGACGGUUACAUUUUAGGUCGUUUGACGAUAGACGGUUAAAUUUUUUGGAAUAUCGUCUAUAAAACGAAAUAUACGCGCGAAUUUGGCCGUAAUUUUUCGUAAAAGGUUUCAAUUUUCCCCAUAUUUUAAUAAUCAAAUUAAUCCUAUAAUUGGUGCGUUAAAAAUUAGGUUUUUGGUCUUCAACUAUGUGUCUAAUCAGCAAAUCAACUUUAAUCACUUUUGCUACCGCUGGACGCAUUAAUAACCUGCUCAACCAAGAAGCUGUCCCCUUGCAGGUUAUUCCGAAGCUAUCAUACAAUAGACCUAGUUGCUUCAAGAAUUGUGUUGUACCCGACUGCUCAGUGAUGAGCUUCACGACCCCUGUUGCCGCAUCCGUCACGAAUAUUGUUUCCCCAACAGUGCAAAUUCCGUGUGGUUGAACAAAGGUGCAACUUUUUACAGUCCAAUCUUCAUUUCCUCUGUGACCACUCCCCUCUUGAAUCGUUACUACAUUGUCGACUGGGUUAUAUGCUUUGACCUGAUGAGCUCUAAAUUCUGAAAAGGCCAACGAGUUUUUAAAGGGCUCAACUCGCUUGAUUUCUGAGCAAGAAUUUGUCUCGUUCUUUAACACCGUAUCAAAUGAUCCACCCCCUAAAUUAAACUAAUAUAAACCAAUGACUAACAUUACUUGGACACUUUACGGAAACGAAAUAAACCAACCGGCCACCAACAGCCAGCGAUUCUAUCGCGGCUACAUCUGCUGGAUAGUCAACCAAUUUAAGCGACUUUCUCCGGAUAGCAACUCCGUCCUUUUCCAAAGUCACUUGAAAAAUCGCUCUUUGCUCAUCAUCUACAUAUACUACGUCACUAGAAACGCAAAGGGCGGCGGGGUUGGGUAAAAGUGGCUCAAUAUGAACACGAUCGAGAUGAAUUAUCCUUCAAACGGAAGUCCGUUCUGACAGAACGGACUUCCGUUUGAAUGACUUGCCCAUAAAUGUAUUUUUGUGGUAUAUUAAAACUUUUAUUCAAAAACAGCAGAACUUGACCCCAUUGAAGACUACCGUUUGGUUCGUAAUUAAGGAUAUCUGAGACAUUAGGCGUGCUUAUUUGACGGUUGACGGUAAAAAUAUUGCGUUAUUGGCGGUUGGCGGUUAAUAUUUUGGCCAUUUGACGGUUAACCCCAUUGAGACCUCCAUCAAAGCUUUCAAGCCUCUUUCAAAUUUCCACCGCUUGAGGAGUUUCGCUUUUGACGGUGUCAAGAUUUCGUUUAGUUAACAUUAAAAGCUCAAUGGAUUACGCAAAAAUUUGUAUCAGAAAGAUCUUUCUCGAGAGGUGUAUGAAAAAAUUCGUAUCGAGACGUAAAAUCAAGUAACUUGAGAGUAGAAAUGAUCAAUACAAAGCAAGUUCAAAAUUCAAAGGUUGUUCGGAAUGCACUACUUCUUAACUAGGUUCAGUCUUUUUCAACUCCUUUCCCAAACAAGAAGUGCGAAAACAAAACCUCUUAAUUAAAGAAAGCCCGUUUAUAACGAACAGUUUAGCUGUUAUAAAAGCUAAAAUUUACUCUUAAUUGCUGUAAAAAAAAACCCUUUGUUCUUUUUGAAAUAGUAAACUGAAUCAAUAACACAGACGGAGUUUGAUGAAUGGACAGCUCAGCUAAAUAAACAAAUAUCUAAUAUCUUUCUCAGCCUUAAUCAAAAUGUAAAUUACUCUUUGUUUUUUGGUUCUUUUGUAGACAAAACGUGAUUAUGUUUCUUGAAACAGCCGUGCUUUUCGACGUGACCUCACAUGGCGGAGCAACACACAACUAGUUCCGUGACAUCACUAGUUUCAUAACACCGUUUCAGUGACGCCAAGGUUAUCGAAAUCCUCGCAGUUUUGUGCAGUCAACGCAAACCCACUCGAUUAAAAUGCCUUAGCAUGGUAAAAAGAAUUUACGCAAGGCAAAAAAGUAAUUUCUGGCAACUUAAAUGGAUUCGAAUCGAUUGAUUGACUCAUGCAUUCUACGAGUAAAGUGUCGGGAAAUAGAUAAAGUCAAACGAUGCUUCGAAAGCUGUAAACAGCCAUAAGUUCAAAGAUUUCUAUUUAUAGUAACUGAGAUUAGGAAUGGAAUAGAAUAUUGUACCUGAAAUUCGGCAUUCCUAAAAAGGUCAUCAAGUCUAUAGACUUAAAAGAUGAUUCAUUUAAGUGAUUCUCGGAAUUAACUCCAAAAAAUACACUUUGGGGUCGAAUCUUUGCACUUGUAGUGAAUUCUUGGGAUGCAAUACCGCGAUAUGUGACUUGUGGUCGAUAUUGAUAUUCAGUUUAUUUGGCGUAUGUGAAACACACCCUUAAAACCAAAUUUCAUACCAAGCAUAUGAUAUUCACAACACUGUUAUUUUGCAAUACUCAGCAAGUUUCAAAAAUCGCGAAAUUUUCAAGUGUCGCGAACUCACACUGCCAAGAAAAGAAAAUGGCGUCUUGUAAAAGUAGUCACGGUAAACUACAAGAAAUCAGUCAUUAAAGAAAUAAAAUGAUGAUUACAGAGGACUUACUCAAACGAAACCAGAAACAACAAAAAUGGUUUUAUUUCCUGUUCCAGUUGGAAUUGCGUGUGUUAGUAGUGUUGAUACUUUUCACGGCGUAAUGAAACAAUUGAAAGUCGUUUUGCUUUAAAGAGAACGCGACAUGUGAUUUUUUUAGUCAGAUGAAAUGAAAUUCUGAAAAGAUCCGUUUUCUAAGUUUCUCGUAGAGUCCAGAAAACGCUCUCUGAGUGCAAAUCACAACGAAAAUUUACUUCGUGUGUUUUGAAGAAUUUUUGUAAACUCUCCGUACGUUUCUAUGGAAUAAUCUUUAAUCCAAAACAAGCACCAGUGCAUUAGUACUGGUUUAAAUUUUUGCAAUUCUGAAUCACAGCGACUCGUGGUCGAGGAAAAUUACGAUGCUUAGAACUAAAUCGCGAAAUUCUAAUCGUCUUGAUCUGUUUGGCCAUAAAAGUCUGAUGAAAAGUUAACGUGUCUUGAACCUUCUUAAAAAUGUAAAUUUUGUCAACCUUCCAAGUGCCAAUAGCUUAUUUCCAGUCACGAUUUAGUUAAAAAACGAAAAAAACAGCUACAACUGACGAAAAGUAGCCAAAAUCUUUAUCUGUUAUUACAGCCUAACUCCAGACCGAACACUGGUACCUAUUUUUGUCACGUUAAACAUGAAAUCAAAAUAUUGCGAUAUUGUGGUCGGUUUGAGGUGUCAUGAAGACACUCUUGAGGAGCGAUGAGGAGCAUUUGUUAUUAGACCCGGAUAAACGAAACGUCACGAUCGAAUCAACCAAUGAGAAACCAUAAUCUUUUUCCCUUAAUUUUCUGGUUAAACAGCAGUUAAAUGUGCCUUUGGCGCCACUAACGGCGUUUUUUUGCGUUGAGUCUCGUGUCCAUAACAAUCAUGUAUUUUCUACCGAUAUUUCUCAUUUCCGUUCUUGUACCAUGUUCCUAUACAGAACCAAAGGUGAGUUGUUUUAACUGAAUUAGUAUCUCGAUUCGUGGCCACCUCAUUCAUCGUUAUUUCAGACAAUAGAUUUCGAAACUCAUGGGUCAACUUCUCCUUUUCGUUUAAAGAGACUUUGGCUUUCAAAUUUAUCAAAAAAGCUGAGUAAACAUAAAAAAAAUAACACGAGGGAUUUAAAGCAGCACGCUUUUACACAGAAGAACAGAAUCUAGAAUCUUUUAAGUUUUUCUUUGUACGAUUCAAAUCACAGAGGUGAAAUCUUGAAAGCAUAUCUUUUAGGUUAUAUCAGCGUAUUUAGUGGGAACGAUAAGCAGAUUUUCACACACCUUCUAAGCCAAUAUGCUCCCUUUCAACCGCAACGGCAAUACCCAAAAAUCCCAAGAAAAAUUUCAGUUUCAUCAAGAAUUUAUGAUUUCAUAACUGAAAAAUUUACCACAGCAUUUACUGGCAUCUCAACGAGUUGUGAUCCAUCGCAGCGUUUUUUUUUUUUAUAUUCUUCGUUCUGCCGAUGUGAUAUUCACUCCACUAAAUGUGAAGCAUGGCUUAUAUGUCCUUUUAUUUUCACAACUAAAGGCUGAGAGAGCCGUAAUUAUCCAGGUUAAGAUGCAUGCGUUGAGGUUUCAUCGCAAGAUUUCCGAAAUAAUAUCAACUGAAGCUUAAACUAAUACUGACACGCUGAAAAAAAUCCCCUAAUCUGUUCGAGAGCGUUCGAAGCACCCUGAUGCCGGAAAGCUUGGAAUCUUCACGGAACGGCGCGCUAAAAUUUAAAAGCUUCUGCUGAACGUAUACGUGUUGAAGGUAUUCCCCUUUUGUAGAAACUUUUUCACUACACCAAUAUCAGAGAAAAGAAGAAGAAUUAUAUCCUUUUUCUUAGGCCAGAAGAAGUGAAAAGUUUGGCUCAAUGUAGAAAACGGUACAAGCACAUCGGUUAAUAGCAUACAAUAAAUAAAAAAGUUUUAAUUAAUAAAAUCUAUUUGUUUUUCAGCUGACAUUUAUAAAGUUGUUCAAAUUUGAUUCAGUAUUAGCUUUUGUAGUUACGAAUUGAGAGCGUGAAUUUAAGAAAACUUUUUCUGUACGUACUUGAAAUUUAUAAAUGAGGUGGAAGAAAACGACAGGAAAUUGGUAUAGAAGUUAUCCCAAACGAUUUUGAUUUUGUCUUCUCGGUGACUGCAAUUUUUAUUUUUUAACAAAACCAAUUCCUUAAUCCUUUCACUCCCACGAUCUCAUGAGUAAUUCUCCUUACUGUCUGCCAUGCAAUUCUUAUGAAGUUAUUUCGGAGAAUUGGGUAUAGGAUCAACUAAAAAUUCCCGAACUGAUACUUUUUCUUUAUUCUCAUCAUUUGUCUACUUAAUAUUGUAUUGAUAUUUGAAGGAGAAAUUCUGUUUUGGUCACUCAUGGGAGUUAAACGAUUGGUAAGGCUGUCAACAGACAUGAAGCUAUUGUAAGUUACAUAGUUAUCUACCGAAAAAAAAUUAAAGGAUAAAAUCCUAUAUAUUGAUGUGCAGCACCCUUGAAAAGUUUCUACGGAUAUCUAUUGGCUGAGUCGAUGGCCAAGUAAAACUAAAAUAACUCAAUAAAAUUUAAACUCUUUAGAGAAAAAUCACUGAAUUUUGCGAAUUUUAAAAAUCAGUCCGCGGGACCUCUUCGAAGGUGAUGACGGAUUCACUCGGAACAAUUGAAGUUACGUCACUAGUCCGUUAACACACGAAAGUAUCCAACAUAGUGUGCGAUCAUUUAAACGAAAGUUACUGAGCGUUAAUUUCUCGUGAAACUGAUUAAUUUUGUUGCUAUAGGUCGUUCUAACUGUUAUAUCUCGUUUAUUAAACCUUGAUGUGACCAUUCAAAUGAAGGUUAAUUGGCAGUUCCUGCACCUGAUUCUGUUAAUAAUGUUGUUCGAGGUGGUUCUAACCCAAAAGCUACUAUCGCCGGAGGGGGGGGGGGCGGAAUUGUUGUGUCACAAUAGAAUUUACCUGAUCUCCCCCUGAGGUUUUGUGGUAUUUUUAUGAUCCCCCUCAUACUGUUAGUCAGUUUUCUCUAGUCCCUCACUUUAUACUCUGUUAGCGAUGACUGAUUCCCCCCCUUGUUUCUCUGUAAGCCAUGUGAUCCCUCAAAACUCUCCCUGGCCCACCCCCAACCCCCCCACCCCACCGGUUCCUUAUCCUACUAUACAUCCGCCGUUCCAUAUUUUCGUAUUUUGUGGAUGCAAACCAAGUUUGUGGCCAAUUGCAUCAUUUCUAUGAAAGCAACAAGGAAGUAAAUUUAAACCGUUUUGUUAUUACACCACACUCAUCUUACAAGUUUCACAGCAGGUAAAAUUCCCUCGAGAAUUUGUAAAGUUCCUUCAUAAAGCUGGAAUCCCAUUAGGCAGUGUGUUACGCCGCAACCGUCUGUUCCACCUACCUGGUGUGUCCGCCAUAUCUGCUCCGCGGUAUGACGCAACUUCUAGACCCCAGGCCAUGAGUGAUACUCCAGAGCAUUCCAAUGGCGUCAUAACUACGCAAUGUAAGUAUCUACACUAAGACUUUUUAUAAUUUAUCAGGUAUAUUCGCUUGCGCAGGAUUGGUUUAGCUGAUCGUCAAACGAAGUUAAGAAACUGGAAUUUGCACCGAAAGCAAAGAAGGCACUAAGGUAAUUAUUGUAUUUUGACAGUAAACAACCUGCCAUACAUUCCAAGCGAAAGCCAUUGUAAGCCGAGACCAGUCGCCUUCAGAAUACCAAAGAGUGUUCACGUUCGCACCUACCCUGAUUAUGUCAUCCUCAACCGCUGCACUGGAAGUUGCACGGCCAAUCAGGAGACCCAACACUGCGCUGUAACAGCACAAGACGCCAUUAAUGUUAAAAUAUUUGAAAUAGUAGGCGACCAACCUUAUAUUACCAAUACUGUCAUCUACAAUCACACUGCGUGUGGCUGCGAUUGUAUCACUAAGGAGAGCGAUUGCGAUCCACAGAAACAAACCUGGAACGAAAACACCUGUGGUUGUGAUUGCAUCGCCAGCGCAAACAGUUGCGCAGCCAACCAGAAACUUGACGACAAAAAAUGCGUGUGUAAAUGCAACGAAGCAGAAAAACACUGUGACCACGUACACAAAGUGUGGGACACCACGAACUGUGGAUGUCACUGCAAAGCCAUUCUUCAAGAUCACUGCGCAGCUCAAAACCAGCUUAUCAAUUCAACUACUUGCGAGUGUAACAGUGUUCACGCAUGA